AUGGAACAGGAGCUGAGCAGCUACACUGGCUUGAAGCAGAUGAAGUUGAUGUUGAUUCAGAAGAGGUGGGAGGAGGGAAGAAGAGAAAGGAGAGAGAGGAAAGAAAUGAGUCGAGCAGCCGAAGAAAAAGAAAGCGGAAACGUAAGCGAAAGUUUCCAAGCGACCGGGGGGGGAGGUGAAUGGGUACGUUACCGUAUCGUAGGUGUGCAAUACGGGGGGGCAAAAAGGCUGGUCACUUGUUUGGUCCCUCUAUGGCACACUGUUGGUCACUGUUGGUCACUUGGAACACCUGACGCCCCCCAGGAAGAGGGCUGGGAGAGGCUGGCAGAGGCUGGCAGAUGGCCAAUUAUAGAAGCCUGUGGCGGGUGGAGUCCAUCCUUGUGUGGGAUCAACCUUGGUUUGGAAACUGUAUCGAUGGCAAACUUGUCGUGUGUUUCUGUAUUAUUACUGCCGUACUGCCGUAUUGCCGUACCCCUUGUACUUGGACUCCCAGCCGCCUAA